AAGUUGAUUGAAAAUGGCAUCGGGCCGUAUUUCUACUUGCCUAAGAUGGAGUCCCAUUUGGAAGCACGAUUGUGGAAUGACAUAUUCAAUGUCGCUCAAGAUCUGCUGGGCAUUCCUCGUGGUACUAUUCGCGCCACCGUCUUGAUCGAAACUAUCCUGGCCGCGUUUGAAAUGGAUGAAAUUAUUUAUGAACUACGUGAGCAUUCCGCUGGUCUCAACUGUGGACGAUGGGAUUAUAUAUUCUCUGUAAUCAAGAAAUUCCGUAAGAAUCCUGAUUUCAUACUUCCCGACCGUGUUGAUGUUACCAUGACCUCCCCCUUCAUGGACGCUUAC